AUGAAGGGGAUCGAGGAACUGAAGGAGAUCUCUAAAAAGAAGACAGAGCUGUUGCCACCAAAAAAGAAGGGAGGAGAGAACAACCCUGCUGCUGAGAAUGCAGGGCAACAACAACAACAACAACAACAACAACAACAACAACAACAACAGCUACCAGCAACAGCACCAGAGCAAGGAAAGUCUGCUGACGACGAAGUAAAGACUUUUACCCUUAAGACGCCGAAGGGAACGAAAGACUACAACGAGAAGGACAUGGCGAUCCGCGAACACAUUUUCUCAGCAGUGAUCAAAAUAUUCAAACGCCACGGAGCCGUCACCAUUGACACCCCGGUCUUCGAACUGAAGGAGAUCCUCUCUGGGAAAUACGGGGAGGACAGCAAGUUGAUCUAUGAUCUGGAAGACCAGGGAGGCGAAAAGUGCUCACUGAGAUAUGACCUUACCGUUCCCUUUGCACGGUACUUGGCGGAGAACGGAGUGUCCAAUUUGAAGAGGUACCACAUUGCGAAAGUUUACCGAAGAGAUCAGCCCGCGAUGAACAGGGGUCGCAUGCGAGAGUUCUACCAAUGCGAUUUCGACAUUGCCGGUGUCUACGACUCCAUGGUGCCUGAUGCCGAGGCUGUGCGCGUCAUGUCAGAGAUCCUGUCAGGGUUGAACAUUGGAAACUUUACCAUCAAGAUCAACCACCGAAAGAUUCUGGAUGGCAUGUUUGAAGUCUGCGGGGUGCCUGCGGACAAGAUCCGCACGAUAUCUUCUGCUGUUGACAAGCUGGAUAAGAUGUCAUGGACGGAUGUCAAGAAGGAGAUGGUGGAGGAGAAGGGUCUGGCAGAAGACGUGGCUGACCGGAUAGGACAGUACGUGAAGCUGAAAGGCGCCAAGGAGCUCUGCGACACUCUGGAGGCUGACGAGAAGCUGACGGGCAACGCCAAUGCAAGGACUGGUAUCGCUGAGAUGAGGACUCUGCUGGGAUACCUGGAAGUUUUGGACGUACUGCCCCGCGUCUCCUUUGACCUCAGUCUUGCACGAGGACUGGACUACUACACGGGUGUCAUUUACGAGGCUGUCAUUACUGACUCACCAACAAUGCAGAGUAAGCGUCAUGUCUUGCCCGGACGUGGGAGUUCUGACGACGGUAUGCUAACCUCACUGUUUACAGACGGCGAACCAGUCGGCGUCGGCUCCGUCGCCGCCGGUGGUCGAUACGACGAUCUCGUCGGCAUGUUCUCCGGCAACAAGAAGAUCCCUUGUGUCGGCGUCAGCAUCGGCGUUGAGCGCGUCUUCGCCAUCCUCUCCCAACAACGCAAAGCCGCCGACAUCAAAUCCACUGCCACACAAGUCUACGUCAUCGGUGCCGGCGAAGGGUUCCUCGCCGACCGCUUACGCAUCUGCACAGAGCUGUGGGACGCCAAUGUCCCUGCCGAGACCAUGUUCAAGGUCAAGCCGCGCAACCUGACGGUGCAGUUUGAGGCCUGUCACAAGGAGCAGAUCCCGUUGGCGGUUAUUGUUGGCAAGCAGGAGAUUGAGCAGGGGAUAUUGAAGCUGAGGAGGAUUGUGAAGAGUGGGGAGAUGGGCGGGGAUGCGCAGGAGUUGGAGACGAUUGUUAGGCGCGAGGAGUUGGUGCAGGAAGUUAAGAAGACUUUGGGCUUGAAUUGA